UUCAGUUGCAAGAUUAGGCGCGUCUACUUAUAUCAUCUUAAAAACCGAAGAAUAGCAGUUUUCCUUUUAAAACCACGACGACGACGAACAAAAACCACCCAGUGGGUAGUUAAACACUUAAAAACUGUCCGUCGGUCCUUUUAUUCACUUUCUGGCUUCUUUUUCUAGUGUUAUUAUGUUUAUGGGGUUUUGGAUUUUUAGGUUUUACAGACGGUGCAACUUUCUGCGCACCAUUCUAGUUCUAGGGUUCCUUGCAUUAGUCUAAAUACGGUAGAAAAUAAAAUACGAAAUUUCUGUAAAUUGGGUUUGUAUAUUUAGAGGGAGAACAACGAAUUGAAGAAUAAAAGAGAGAUUUUUUUGUUUAGAAAAGAAAAAUGAAAUCCAUUCUUAAGAAACCCAAAGUGGAGACAGAAGAGUUGGUUGUGGAAGAUAAUAGAGGAGCAAAAGAUGAAAGAGAUGAUGAACACGAAGAAGCUUUGGUUGCCCUUAUUGAACACAGAACUAAAGAAGUUGAGCACUUGAAGAAGAAGAUACUUUAUUACAAGUCUCAGCUUGAACAAACUGAACAGAAGUUAAAUGAUUCAAAAGCUACCCUGGCUAAGCUCCGGUCUCGGGAUAACUUAGUUAGCUCUAAGAAAUUACUGACAAAUGGUAAUAUUAAUAUGAAGGUGGAGUCUAAAACGUCGACCUCAGCCCAUCCUGAUGAAAGCCAUUCACACAUUCAGACACAGUCAAAGCCCCAGCUUAUUAUUCCUGCUGUCCGUCCCAAAAUUGCUCAGCCUGUACAAUUCACAGAACCCAACACAAGAGUUUCAGCCCGCUCUGAAAAUAGAGCUAGUACAUCAUUUGCUACAAAUUCUAAUAGUAACGAGAAAGUAAAAGGAGAUGCAAUUGGUAGGCCAUCUUCUGAGCUGGAAGUAGUUGAAUCCAAAGGGACAAAAAGGAAAUUCGAGCAAAAAGAACACACAGAAUUGAUCCCCUUGAUACAGAGCUCAGAAUCUCCAUGCCUACUACGUUGUCAAUCUGGUUUACACAUCUCUAGUCAACAUAAAAGAAAAUUGAGAAGUCUCGUUUUGAAUCCGUUUAAUGAUCAGCUCUUUGUGACAAGUGCUUUGGAUGGGGUCGUUAACUUGUGGCAACUUCAGGGCAAAGGAUCCAGUGCAUCUUUACUUAGUAGUACAGAUUGUAUAUCUCCUAAGAGGAGAUGGCCUGAAGAUAUAACCUGGCAUCCACGAGGAGAUAGUCUAUUUUCUGUUUAUACAGCUGAUGGCGGGGAUUCUCAGAUAUCAAUCUUAAAUCUCAAUGCAACUCAAGAGAAAAAAAGAGUCACUUUCUUAGAGGAGAAACCUCACGUCAAGGGCAUCAUCAACAGUGUCAAUUUUAUGCCAUGGGAAGAUGUAUGUUUUGCGACUGGUGGGAGUGAUCAUGCUGUGGUGCUUUGUCGAGAAAAAGAUGGUGAAAGCUCAUGGAAAUCGAAGGCGUUGCACAGGAACUUGCAUUCCUCUGCUGUGAUGGGUGUUGCUGGAUUGCAGCACAAGCAAGUAAUCUUAUCCGCUGGAGCCGACAAGAGAAUCAUUGGUUUCGAUCUGGUGACAGGGAGAACUUACUUUAAGCAUCAAAUAGAAAAUAAAUGCAUGAGCGUUUUGCCUAAUCCUUCCGAUUUCAAUCUUUUCAUGGUGCAAACUGGGGCUCCAGGAAAGCAACUUCAACUGUACGAUAUCAGGUUAAGGCAGACCGAGAUUCAUGAAUUUGGGUGGAAACAAGAAAGCAGUGAAUCACAAUCAGCUUUGAUAAAUCAAGCUUGGUCUCCUGACGGUUUAUACAUAAGUUCUGGUUCAGCAGAUCCAAUGAUUCACGUCUUUGAUAUCAGGUUUAAAGGUAACAAACCAUCACAAUCUAUCAAAGCUCAUCAGAAACGAGUCUUUAAAGCAGUAUGGCAGAAUUCUCAUCCUCUUCUCAUUUCCAUAUCUUCGGACCUUAAUAUUGGAUUGCAUAAGAUUGGGUAAAAUAGCAAAAUGUAGCUUUUUUUACACCUCAUUUUGUUCCUCGAAAAAAAAAGAAAGAUGAAGAAGAAACACUACUGUGUUUGCCAGCACAUAAAAUAGAGAGAAAAACCAAACCCAGUAUUUAUUGUGGUCUGGUGAGACAAAGAAAAAGCAGUAAUACAACAGUUAACCUGUAACUUGGAAAUAGUGGAUUUUGUCCUCUUUUUUUUUGGGCAGUUGUAACUUAGUCGGAUUUUGGGGUUUUGCAUCCUGUGCAUGCAUUUAUGUCUCUUUCGUAUUCGCAUCAAUGUUCUAUUCUCCUUUUUGGCUGGGGACAUAAAAUCUUGUACGAAUCUUGUCAACGAACUUUAGCAAUUGGAACCAUGGCUCCUUUCU